AUGUCCAAAGAUGUUAGUAAGUUGCUGAAAAACUUAAUAAAACUCACCAGAGGCCGUAGAAAAUCGAAAAUGGAAGGCGUUAUGUUAAAUGCCAACGGGCAAAAAAGGCCUGCAAGUAGCUUGGAACCCUCUCCUACUAAAAAAACAAACUUUGUAGGAUUAUCUCCCUUAGGAGAACUAACUAACAUCAAAACCCCCACAGACAGACCCUUCAGGGUAUCCGUAGAAGGUAACAUAGGAGCCGGAAAGUCUACGCUAAUUAAAUAUUUCCAGCAAACGCCCGGCAUCGACACAUACUUGGAGCCCCUCGAAUGGUGGAGAAACGUAAACGGCCACAAUCUCCUGGAUCUCAUGUACUCCGACAUAUACCAGUGGCUGAACGUGUUCCAAAAUUACGUACAGUACACUCGAUUAGUCAUACAAACCUCCAAGCCUUCUUCACCUUCUACGACAGUACAAAUGUUCGAAAGGUCCAUUCAAAACAACCGGUUCUGUUUCAUGGAGCAGGCCUAUCGAGAUGGCUUUCUGCACGGAGCGGAUUACGCUGUGCUCGAUCAAUGGUAUCGCUGGAUCAGGGCCAACGAGGAUAUCGCAUUAGAUUUAAUUGUGUAUUUACGGAGUUCCCCCGAAACGGUGUACGAAAGAGUAAAAGCCAGACAACGGCCGGAAGAGAAGUCUGUCUCGCUGGAUUACCUGAAAGGUCUUCACGAGAGCCACGAAAGGUGGCUGAUGUCCGACGACGAACGGUUCAACACGAUUCCCGUCUUGGUACUAGACGCUGAUAAAACUCUCGAAGAAAUAGUGCAACAAUACAAACAGAACGAGGAUAAAAUUUUAGGAUAUGAUAAACGAAAGAAAUUUAAAGCUAUAGAGGAAGAUAAAAACCGAGUGAAAAAAUCGCUUUACUUUAAGUAA